AUGGAAACUCUCCAUUUCCUCAAGUUCUGGAAACCCAACAAUGCCUCCACCAUCGCAGUUCCAAGUCCUUUAGUUGAAACAGACCAUGAGGUUGAAGAAGAAGAAGAAGAAGAAGACUCAUUCUUCGACUUGGAAUUAAGUUUCGAUAUCAUGAACAAAAACGACGCAAACAAGGCCUGCACAGAUGAUGCAACCCCGCAGGAAAGUAACAGGCUUGAUUCCAUUCCAAAAUCAAACAACUCAGCCAAAAAAGCCGGCUGUACCGAACCCUGUCUUUCCAAACCGCCCCUUUCUCUCUCGCCUUCUGAUUCAAUUUCCAAAAGGAAAAUCCUCCCCAUUGAGCCUAUUUUCAAGCCUCAGUCCCCAAUUGCUCUCCUUAAAUCGGCUCCAAAGUUUGGAGCUUUCAUGUUGAAGAAGCCCAAAGCAACAAAAACAACAGCGAAGAAAACAGAGAAAACAGGGGAAGCAGAGUCCAAAGUUUUGAUGGAGACCCAGAAGCAGAAAAGCAAAGAAGGCAACCUCUUCGGUGUGAAACUCCUCAAUACUGAAGAACAUCAAAACCCUUCUAAGCUCACCCGAGAAAACAGUUCCAGGAGGAACGGAAGCAGGCAACAGAACCAGAGCUCAGAAGACUCCAAAACAGAGCGAUUCUCGAAAGAUAUGAUACAAAAGUACCUGAACCUAAUCAAGCCACUUUUUAUGAAGGUUUCCAAGAAGUGCAGUGAGAAGGUGAAGCCUUCUGGUAAUAUUCCAAUGUCAUCGCCGAAUUGUUCUCCUGCUAUGCCGGUAUUAUCUAUGUGUUCGCCCAAGAAGGAGAAGCAGGGGAAUAUUCCUGUCGGAAUGAGAGUUGUUUGUAAGAACUUGGGGAAGAGCAAAUCGGCCACGACGAUGGCAGUGGCGCCACAGGUGAAACGGAGAGACGAUUCGCUGUUGCUGCAGCAUGAUGGGAUUCAGAGUGCCAUUCUACAUUGCAAGAGAUCAUUCAAUUCUAGAGAUUCUUCCUCGUUAUCAAGGUCAGCCAGUGAUUCUUCAUCCAUGAACUCGUACUCUACUGAUUCUUCUCUGUUAUCACGGUUUGCAAGUGAAUCCCACGACAAAUCAGCGAGAAGCUCCAUUGAGGAAGGGGUUUGUGCUGAAAUUUGA